CGCAGCCCGCGCCCCCCGUGCGCCCACCCCGCGCCGCGCAUCGCCGGCACUGCCCCCCGCCCUGCCCGCGCUCAUGCCAUGUCACCGCCGGGCAGCGGGACCCCGCGGCGAGCGGUAACCCCUGUCGCCGGGGGGGCACCGCGCCGGGGCUGGGCAUGGCACUGAGAGCGACUCCGGGACGCGCAUCUUCCUAGACGGAUUAAUUUUUCUCCGUCUCUAUUUACAUGGUGAUAAGAAGUGCUAAUCCCACUCUGUCAGUCUGGACUGAUGAAUCUGAGGAAUAGAACAGAGCCCUGUGUUGUGUAAACGAACUGAUGGAUGAAGAUGAGAAGGACAGGGCAAAGAGGGCAUCACGCAACAAAUCCGAGAAGAAGAGGAGAGACCAGUUCAAUGUCCUCAUCAAAGAGCUUUGCACGAUGCUGCAGGGCCACGGCCACCCUCUCAAGAUGGACAAGUCCACAAUACUGCAGAGGACCAUCGACUUCCUACAGAAACAGAAAGAAAUCACAGCACAGACAGAAGCCUGUCAGAUUAGACAAGACUGGAAGCCUUCAUUUCUUAGCAACGAGGAGUUCACCCAGUUGAUGUUAGAGGCACUAGAUGGCUUUCUCAUUGCUCUUACCACUGAUGGGAUUAUUAUUUAUGUAUCUGAUAGUGUUUCAUCUCUGCUAGGACACUUACCGUCAGAUUUGGUGGACCAAAAUAUAUUAAACUUUCUGCCUGAGGGGGAGCAGAGCGAGGUGUACAAGCUACUUUCUCCACAUGUGCUCAUGACAGAUCCUGUUGCAGCUGAUUUUCUAAAUGCAGAAAAACAAAUAGAGUUUUGUUGCCAUUUAGCAAGAGGCAGCUUAGAUCCAAAUGAACCCCUGAUGUAUGAAUAUGUGAAAUUUGUAGUGGAUUUUAAAUAUUUUACUCAUGUGCCUACACCCUCCUGUAAUGGCUUUGAGUCAGCUAUUGCACGGGCUUUCAGGUCAGCCACGGAGGAGCAGAUCUGCCUGGUAGCCACCGUUCGCCUGGUCACGCCGCAGUUCCUGAAGGAGCUCUGCAACGUUGAAGAGCCAUGUGAAGAAUUUACAUCGAGGCAUAGUUUAGAAUGGAAGUUUUUAUUCUUGGACCACAGGGCUCCACCUAUUAUAGGAUAUUUACCCUUUGAGGUUCUGGGAACGUCAGGGUAUGAUUACUACCACGCAGAUGACCUGGAGCUUCUUGCUAGGUGCCAUGAACACUUGAUGCAGUUUGGAAAAGGAAAAUCCUGUUACUACCGGUUCCUGACCAAAGGGCAGCAGUGGAUAUGGCUGCAGACACACUACUACAUCACCUACCACCAGUGGAACUCCAAGCCUGAGUUCAUUGUUUGCACUCACCUGGUAGUUAGUUAUGCAGAAGUUCGGGCUGAGAGAAGACGAGAUCUUGGCCUCGAAGAGUCAUCAAUUGAACUGGCAUCCUCUUCUCUAAAGAGCCACAGCAGCUACCUGGACGUGGGGCAGUGCGGCAGCAGCCAGGACGCCAGCCGGGAGGGAGUGUCACUGUCCUCGCACAGCUCCCGGCGCUCCUCGCACACCACCCUGUCCGACUCCACCUCCACGUCGUCCAUGCGGCGCACGGACAGCAGCACGCCCAGCCGGCCGGCGGUGCCGGGGGACAAGGCGGCGCUGCGGCUGGCAGCGCCCGGGAGCGCGCAGGCCAUAGCCACUCCUCAAGCCCAUGGUGAGCCUGUCUCCCAGCACCCCGUGGCUCAGCUGGCAGUGCCCUCCCAGCACCCUGUCAUGCCAGUGUACCAUUUCCCCACCCAGCUGGGGAUGAUGCACCAGCUGAAGGAGCAGCUGGAGGAGAGGACUCGCAUCCUGCAAGCUGACAUCAAAACACAGCAAGAGGAGCUCCAUGUCAUCAAGGAGCAGCUCCAGCUCGUGCAGGACUCCAACCUGCAGAUGCUGAUGCAGCAGCCGAUCCCGGUCAUCGUGAACAGCGUGCAGCAGCCCAGCCCCCGGCGGCCGCCGGGCGCGCCCAGGCACUCCGCAGCCAAGAAGUCACCGCAGCCAGCCCUGGCGGGGACAAAGCACUACUGCAGCACCCACCUGCUGUCACCGCACCCAUUCCUCAGGGACCCCUGUGGCACAGCCCCCCAGGUACAGCAGCAGAAGCAGCAGCACCCAAUGAGAGGAAGCCAAGGGCAGCAAACGUGUGUGCCAGGGCAGGCGAGCAUCCCAGUGCCCUUCUACAACAGCCCCAUGGUGCUCUCCCAGGCACAGCCCAUCGCCGUGGCCGCAGCCGCGCCGACUGACAGCAGCGAGAGGCAGCCUGCAGCUGACUACAGCCAGGACAGGAGCCUCAGGAUGCUGUUGGAUCAGUCCAUCCAAGCCAUGAUGCCCGCAGCCAACAGCAGUUGCCAGCCCGUGCAGAGCAGUGCCAGCAGGCAGCCAGGAAAGUUUGUUGCGGAGCAGCAGACCCUGCCUCCCCCGGCGCAGGGGCAGCCGGCCACCUGCAGCAGCGCCCGGGCUCCGGCCCCGCCGCCCAUCUUCUCCCCGCCUCUGGUGAUCCCGCACGGCAGCUUCACCUCCCAGCAGGCCAGCACACCCGUUCAUCUGCACCAGUGGCCACAGCAGCAGGUUCAGCAGCACCGCCUCUACCUUCAGAUGCAAGGUCCUGAGCUGGUGCCCGGGGCUCCGACGCCGCGCAUUUUCCAGCCGCCCCACACCCCGCAGCAGAACCCCCUGAGCUACUUCCUCCACCCGCAGCAGCAGAGCCACCACACGCAGGGCCAGCCCUGCAACCUGCCUGACCUGCCCGAGAUGCAGCUGCCCUGAAAGUGGCUUCUGGGAGACGAGGAGCACACGGCUGCGGCCGCGGCGCGCGGGAGAGCACGGCGCCGGCAGAGCACGGUACGGGAGAGGUCGGGCUCCGUGGGGACGUGGUGCCUGGAGGGAUUGGUGGUCCGACAGGGCUGCAUGGCUGCAGGGGCCUCGUUUGUUGGCAUUUCCGUGCAGCCAGCCCCUGAUGCUGCUCUGGCAGCAGGGUGUGCCCUGGCCCAGCGCCGUGGUGCCCCUGGAAGCGGUGGCUGUCUUGCUGCAGGGAGGGGAGUAUCAGGCCGUCACGAAGCUCGGUUUGCAAUGGAAAAAAUCCUUUUUCCAUUCAGGACUUCAAUGCUGAAAGUCACUGUGAAUUUAAGCCCAGCAUUUGGAGCACAUAGACUGUACCAGUCCACAGGACACCAUUGGAUUACCAUGUACAUAACUCGUUUUGCUGUAGUAGGUCCAUUGUGAAUUCUUUUUCCUUUUUCUAUACCUCAGUCCCGCAGGUUUUUUUUCCAGGAGUUUGGAUAAUGCUGCUAAUUUACAUAACACCACUUUUGCCUGAAUUUCUUACUGUUGUUAUACCAGCUCACAUCGCAGCUAGUUCAAUAUUUGUCAUGUUUUAUUUUUGGUUAACAGUGAAGAUAAAUUUGUAUGGUUUUUAUUCCCUGUAGCCAAAUAUUUUUCAGGUUACAGACAAAGAAUCUUUACUCCUUUUUUUUUUUUUUGUUUCAAGUGAUGUAGUUGUAAAUGUUUCUAUUCAUAAAAACAAACAAACAUGCAUAGAACAGCAUAUGACAGCAAACUUUGUGGUUUUGCUAGGUCAUGUUUCAAUUUGGCAAACCCAAAAUGUAUAAUCACAACACCACAAUGUUACAAGCCCAUAGGGUCAGCAAUAAAUUGUAUUUUUGUAAAUUGUCACUUUUUAACUGUAAGUUUAUAUUUAUGAAUUGAAAAGCCAGUUUAUUCCUCAGUGGGUGUAUAGUUAAGUGUCCCUACUGUUUGUGUCUUUCCAAAGGAAAAAUUUAAAAGUACAUUUUUGGAGUGUUAGUAGCUGAGUACUAACUUUGGGCAUUGUUAGAGCCCAAAUGUAGAUGGGUUUGGCCAUUACUAUAAACUUUGCAAGACAGUGAAGGCAGUGGGUAGUUAGGACCAGGUCCAUCUAGCAGUAAAGAUCUAACUGGCAGAUAGAGCAAGGUUUAGAGAGGAGUUAGUUCCUAAUGUUUAGUUCCUAAUGUCUGUUGAAACCUAGUAAAGAAUGCUUGGUUUUGCCUUUUUUUUUUUUUUUUUAAUAUGAUGAUUUGGGGUUUUUUUUGUUUCCUUCUUUUCCUUCUGCAAGCCCCUUCCUGGGCGCCUUGCAGCGCUGCAGCAGCUGGUGUUCCUGGUGUUGCUGGUGGAGCAGCUUGUGGCACGAGCAGCUGCCAGCAGCCCUGUGUUUCAAGAAAAGGGCACAGCACCAGGGGCUGUUCCCAGCAGCUUGUCCUGGGCACGGGGAUGGGGUUUUGCUGUGCCACAUUGCCUGCGGAGUGGCAGUGGGAGGAAAGGCUGCUGGAGCUGGGGCCAGCCAGGAGCUUUCAGAGACUGGUGCAAUGCCCUAGGGUGCUUCGGUGUUUUGGCCAGGGCAGAGGUGGACUUGUGAACAAAGCUGUGCCAACCCCUGGCUGUUCAUGGGUCACCUCCCUUGGGCAGAAGCAGGUGCAGGGGUUGCCUUUGACUGGGACACUGAAUGCACAGCUCCCAGGGCUACCAGACACGAUGGAUCCUGGGCUGCAGAGCUGCUCACGUGCAGCGUUCUGGGGCAUGCAGCUGGCCACAGAAUGGAGGCAAUGAGAUGCCCAAGAGCCUGGGGUUCAUUGUUGGGGCUCGUGCCUUGUCAGCACAGUCCCUGGCUGGGCCCCUGCCCACCCAGCACAUGCAGCCCCUGGGUGCUGGGCAGCCACGCAGCUGCUCUUGGACACAGUCUGAGCCAGCCCCUCCAUUUCAAACCAGGAUGAGAAAUGGUGGCUACAGCAGAGCCAUGGGGGCCGCCUCACUGCUGGUAGUGGCAUUUGGAACACCUGCCUCUGUGGGGCAAUCUGGGGCUGAAAUAUUAACACCUGGGGCUUUGCUGCUCUGCAGGUUUGUUCUGCAGGAAGGGCCAGCACAGAGCCUUCAGGAUAGGAACACUUGUUUUUAAAGCACUAUUAGUUUCAGGGUCUCCUUUUCCCCAUUCUAAGGCAGCCGGGUUGCUCAUGAGGAUGAGGUAGGAGGGGGUUGUAUUUUUGGGAGUUGUUUGUGGGAUUUUUUCCCACCAUAGCCUUGGCACAUACCAUUAGAGGGGAGGCAAACAUAUAUCUGUGUUAGGGCUCCAGCAUUGCACAGUUUGUGGCUCAGGGUGGCUGGCUGGAGGGAAAGGCUGUGAUUUCCCUGGCUUCCCCAUUAAACCUGCAUCACCCCAACACAUCCCCAAGGCUGGUCUGCAGUGCCCCACCACCACACCCAGCCAUGGCAGGUGGCAAUCAAAUGGCUGGGGUCAGGGCCUUGAGGGGUGUAUUUUUUAACAGGGCUUGGUAGGGACAGAGCUGAGGCAGAGCAGUUUUCUGGCAUUGCUGUGGCUUUGACAGUGAGUCAAAAAAAAACAAAAUAGACUUGGGAAGGGAUUCUGGGGGAGGUGGGGGGCAGUAGGUGCACCAGACAGGGCCCAGCUCUGGGCACAGCCCUGCUGAUGGCAGCUGGGCUGCAGGGACAGAGGGCUGGGGGCACAGCCCCUGCUCACAGCUCCCAGUGAGGAGCACAGGAGCUUGGUGAGGAUGUUUACAUGUUAGACCAGCCUUGCUAAAACCAGACCUAAAAACGCACUUUAUCAUGUGCCCCCUUAUUCGCAGAGCCCCCCCAGCCGCUGGCCUCGCUGCUGGUGGGUGGGGGCUGCUCGUCCCAGGCACUGCCUCACGGGCAGGGCCUUGUUUUCUCAACAUGUUCCAAAGGACAAAAUCCCACCGACCCUUUCGGGGCUUGCUGGGUCUUUGCUCAGUCUGCCUGCAGCCAAGGGCAAGGCCGAGUCAGGGCCAGGGGGGUUUUGCCUUAUAUUGUCACUCUCAAAAAACCAGAUGGAUAAAAAAAAUCUCUUUAUUCAGGUUGAUUUGUAUUUGUUUACCUCGGUGUUAGCUAUGACCUGUGCUUUUAUGACUCAUUUGGAAUUGAGGGUUGCUGGUGGGUUUGGUUCACUCCCCCAGCCUUCUACAAGAAAACGUAAGUGUGAGUUGUUGGUGACGAGCAGAGGGCAGGGAUGUGACUGAUGGCAGCAGGGUUGGCCUCCAGUGUCGGUGUUGACCUAUCAGUCAUAAAUGUUCUGAGGUUUUCUAGUACACAAGUACCUAUAUACCAUAACUAUAUAUAGAUAUACGUAUUUUUAAUAUACAUUUAUAUGUAUGCAGAUGUAUAUCUCUAUAUAAAUAUAUAUAGGCCACACAAUUCCAGACCUCUGAAAACACAGGCAGCUUUAAAUAAUAAAGUCUUGCACUUUUAGCAUAUUUGUACAUAUAAGCUAAAGCCUGGUGGGUAUAAUCAGGCUGAUUUGACAAACACAAUGAGAAGUUACUGUAUAUAUUGUAUAUAGUCCACGCAAGGAAAAAAAAAAGAAAAUAAGAAAAACUCUAGAAUUGAGUAUAAAUCUUGGUUUAUUUUAUAUGAUGUUGAAUAUAAAUACAUUUAUAAAUGUUACUAUUCUUAAAAGUAUUUUGUAAUGGGAAAAAGUAAGUGUCUUAUGAAGAUGAACAGUAAAGAUUUUAUUCUUGUUUUGAAUCUAUGUCCCUGCAGAGCUCCAUUGAAUGGGAGCCCAUGCAUUUUGACAAGCUUUAAACAGAUUGUACAUAGUAUUUAAAAAAAAUUAAGAAGAAAUAAAAUAAUACUUGUAGGACCUCUUACACACUAUGUACUCUUGUUAUUCCCUGGGUGGGGUGGGUCUGUUAGGGAUCUGAUCCCUACUGUGCAGGAGAGGCAAGAGCAGCAGCCACUGUGUCCAUGCACAUGGACAGCUGAGGGGACGGGGCUCAGGACAAGAACUGGGAUUUCUGUGACCAGUGCCAGAGGCAAGAGGAGCAACACAUAAAUUAGAAAGAACAAGGCAUCAGGGUCUGCACACUGUGUUUGUAUUUGGAUGGACAAAGCUGUACUCAGGCUUCAAAACCCCGAGCUUUCCUCCUCUUCUGGGAGGAAAGGAGCUUUGGCUUGCUCCUUGUUUUGCAAAGCACUGACUAAAUGUGGCUUUAACAUGACAAACACUCUUGAAGGAACUUCCACAGCAGGCCAUCACAGGAAAUAAUGCCUCAAACACAGGGGUUUUUUACUUAAGGGAAACAAUAUUUUAUUUAACACCCCAUUUGUCUUACAGUACCUCUGCAUACAACACAUUGUAUAAAAGCCAAUCUGUCAACACAAAUGUGCUGCCGUCUUGGUAAAGUGACAAAGCACUAGCAAAAAAGACAAAAUAGCCUAUUUUUCUGGAAACAAGUCAGAGUAUUUCCUUCUGUUUUAGUCCAGAUAACAACAGCAAUCACAAUCAAGAACCUUGUAUGGUACAAUUGGAUGAGAAACUUCUGAUAAAAUCAACACACAGCUAUUUCUUAGUCACUACAGUAGCAAACUCUUUUAAAAUUACAUUAUUAUUUAGCCAUUAGAGUGAUGAACAAGUGGCUUGUUUUAGAAAUUGAUGGAAACAGAAAGUGAUUUUUCUGUAUCACAUGGCAGCAGCCACUUCCAUGUCCUGGAAAAUGCUACCGGUUUAAUUAUCAUCAGUUGUCCCCCAUGGUGGAAAGAGCUGGUAUUUUUCUUAUGUGAUCUGUUCCCUCCCCUCACAUGCCCAAGCCCCGAGCUGGGCACACAGAGGCCAAGCAGGCAGUUCCAAGUGGGGGUCAGGGCUGUCACUGGUCACCCAGAGCACAGGGAGCAGUCAGGCUCCAGAGCAGCACAUUCCAUAUGGCAAGACCGGGAACAUCACAGCUCUGCUGGCUGUGUCCCCAGGCUACUGGUUAGCUCUGACAAAAGGCAUCUAAGCACACAGCAACAACGGCCCAGCACAAGGAGGGACCGUGCACUGUCCCCCACAGGCACUGCCAGUGUGGCAGGGGGACCAUGACACAGCUGCCCAGUCACACUGCAGCAGGCACUGCAAUUGUCAAGCUGGACAAACAGCAUCAGUGGUUGUAGCAAUCUACAGGUGUCUAUUUUGUACUGAAUGAUGCACCUUCAUUUAUCUCCUAUGACUGAACCUGAAAAUAAAGGCAGAAAACUUCAUGGAGACUUACAGAAAAAACAUAACACAGGCGAGUGAAAUGACACAACAACUCACUUAACCAAGCUGCUUCCUGUUCAUGUGCACACCCAGCACCCUCAGGUGAUGUGACUGGAGUCUGGGGCCAUCUCUGUGUCACCAACUUCACCUGGCCAAGAAGCAGCACAGCACAGAGAUCUCUGUCCUUGACUCUGCAGGGCUUUGAAGUCAAGGCAUUGUUCUCCAGGAAUGAAGGAAGGCAAUCAUCUGCUGUUGCUUUAACUCCACCAGCCCCAGCUAAACCUGCAUCUAUCUGUUAGCCAGCCUGUCUGGAAUAGGGAUGCAAGGAGCUGGAAUAAGAAAGGGAAGGUAAGAAGCUAGACACUAACUCCAGAGUUCCUCUGGCACAAGCAGAGCUCAGCCUAUGGUACACUGAGGUACUAGCUCAGCAAACACCUCUGGGUUACACUCCUUGGAAAUCACUGGCACUUGCUACAUCUACCUCUCCCCAGACAAUCAGCUCGUGAUCCAGAGGUUCCAAAAGGAAGAACCUGCCAGCUGGGCCAUUGCCUGAGUGCUGCCAGCCUACUGGAAGUGACCUCACUCCACCCUCCAUCCUGCUGAGACUGGAUGCCUGGUCACUGUGACUAGUUUUCCUGGAUCAGCCUGCAGGUGUAUUACAGGAACAAUUUAAAGGCACCACCCCUUUUGGGAAAAAAUAUAAAUAAAUUUAAUAAAUAAAUCCAUGCAGUUAAUAAAAGUUAGUGUUCCCCCUUACAUCAUAGCCUUAAAUCUAUUUUGAUAUAUAUGCUCUUCAUACAUGGAUAUGACAUCUGACAAGAGCUACUACCCAGCUGGCAAAGGCUCUACAGUCUCUUGGGUGGGCACUAAAAGAAAAGGGCAUUGUACAAACUGAGCACCUUUUUACAACCAGGUAACAACAGAAGGUUGUUGUACUUUGCAAGUUCCUUCACCUUCUUCUGCACUUAGAUCUUCACAUCUUGGCUCUCAGUCAAAAAAGUCCUUGAGUUUUAAGACUUUCAUAUCUCUGUUACUUUCAUUAGCAAAUAGUUCACAGCUUUGGCUACUUGUUGACAUAAACAGUAUCUCUCAUAAACCAACAAAAGCUUUUGGUAUGGGCAGCUGUAUCUAUUCUUAUGAGGCUGCAUUAGUUUAAUCGUGGCUAUUUGCAGAAUUACUCACUGAUUAAACCUUAUCUGGGUACAUCCUGGACUAGGAAAACAUUAUCUGCUUUGUAUUUCUGAACAACUUUGUGAAAACAUUUUUAAAAAGUAAUACAGUGUGGCC